AUGGUUAGCAAGAUCGUGAAACUGGUGAGGAAAUGGCAUAGGGACGCUUGGAAAAGUGGUUCCAACAAACGAAAUGAUUUGGUCGCAAACAAGGGUCAUUUUGUCGUGUAUGCUGUUGACCAGAGUCGUUUUGUGAUGCCAUUGCAUUAUCUUGACAAUAAUGUUUUCUUGGAGCUUCUAAGAAUGUCGGAAGACGAGUUUGGGUUGCCAGGUAAUGGGCAUAUCACUCUACCAUGCGACUCGAUCGCCAUGAACCACAUGGUCGAUGUUUUUGAGCAAGGUUGCUCAGAUGAUCUGGAGAGGGAUUUGUUGGUUUCCAUCGCUAGUAAUAGAUGUUCAUCGUGUUCAUAG